AUGCCGCCCAAGGUAUCAUUCACCCAUCCAUUGGACCUCGAACGACCGAGCAAGAGGAUCUAUAUAGCGACCCCACAGGCAGAGCGCCCGAUGUCCAUCGUCGGGCAACCACACCCACUUCCCCCAGUCCCCCAAGGACUCACCCUUGCCCAGAAGCUAUAUGCGAGCUCAGGAAGCAACAUAUCGACGCCGAUGAUCAGCAGCGACAUCCAAAACCUCUCAACGGCUCCUGAGUCGCACCCGCCCUCCCGAAUGUCAAUGCUACCGACACCGCCUCCCUCAAAUUCUCCUCCUGUAGGACGACAAUCGAGUUUCGUCCCGUCCCCUCCCCCUGGACCACCAAGACAGAGCGUAUCGGUGAGCAAUCGACCUGCGAACCAGACGGACUACCGGCAGCGUAUGGUGCCUCUUGGGGUGGCUGGAUCGAGGAUAUCAACGUACGCCGCUAAUUCCUCAAUCGCUUAUGCUAGUUCUUCCUCGGUCGCCUCGAGUUCCCAUGUCAGCUCAAUGACUUUCUCAUCUGAGUCUCAUGCACCACACCGAACGCAAUCGCUGCAAGUCCCACCUCCACCUCCUCACUUCCCAGGUCGCACCAAUACGUAUAGCCCAGGUCAAGUCACAUAUACCUCCAGCAAGCCGCCCACCGUAUCACCACGACCGACUCCCCAUCUAACGACCACAGCUCGUCCACCCGCGAAUUUGCAGGUCCUGGGACAUAAUCAUUUCACUCCGCCACAGACAGCCUCCUUGGGCUCAUCACCUUCGUCCAACCAUUCCCUUUCGCCUCUCUCUCUUCCGAAUAACUCUCCCCCUUCCUCGUCGGUUCUCUUCUCACAACCUGCACCAGGACCAUCGUCUGCACCUCCAGGGACAACAGCUUUCGCUACUCCUCCCAUUUCUCCUCCACCUGCGCCGUUGUCACCCACACUUUCAUCUCCGAUUUCGAAUAACUCCACCAUAACACCGGAAAACUUCCACAAAUACUCGAAGAUGGGACAACUGGGUAGUCAGGCGUACAAGAUUGCUGGAGGUGUUCUAGCAGCUUCCACAGGCCUUCCUCUGCGCGUCUUACCUGAUCCAGUCAAACUUACCAAUUCGUUGAAGGCGGCGUUCUCGAAAAACAACAACAUGGUAGCAGAGUCGGACCUGCAGGCUGUUGCGCAUGCGAAGCCAGGUGCGAACUACCAAGCGAUCAUCAACGCACUCGUUCGUCAGCAACAGCAAUACCAGCAACAAUUGGCCUCACAGCUGCAGAUGCAGACGGCAAUGGGCAUGCAGUACCAACGGCCUCCACAGCCUGCGGUCGAUUACCACGCACUGAUCGCCGAAAUACAACAACUUCAGAUCGCGGCUCAGACCCAGCAGGCUUCUGCUCUCCUCGCCCAGCAACAGACGUUCUCCCAGCUGCAUAUGGGCGCGAAGCAGCACCAACAGCACCAACAAGCAAUGGAAGCGUUGAAGGUGCAACAGGCCGCCAUUUUGCAGCAGCAAAGUGUUGCCGCUCAACACGCCCAACAGCAGGUGGCGGCGAGACUGCAGGCAAUCCAACAACAGCAGGCGGCGGCAGCGGCUCAGCUGCAACUGCAACUGCAGCAGCAGGAACAACAACAGACGUACGCACAUAAGCUCCAGGCACAGCUUCAGCUUCAGCAGCAGCAAGCCAUCGCUCAACAGCAAGCUGCACUGAACACAUCCGUCGGGGCUCAACAACCGCAACGACCACCAGCUGGCCAACAGCAGUCGCUGAACCCGAAUCCUCUUCACGAUGUUUUGAGUUCGAUAUAUGGGUCAAUGAACCAACAGCAGCAACAGCAAAAUCCACCCCCUUCUCAGAGCGGUGUGAGCUCGAUUUACGAGACCAUCAACACCGUUCAGCAGCCGCAGAAUCCUCCACCCAGCCAAAGCGGUGUCACCACGUUCCUUGAUAUGUACAGCAACAUGCAGCAGCAGCUAUACCAGCAACAACAGCAGUCCAUGGUGGAUAUGAUGAAUGCCAUGAGCUUGGGCGGCACCGGAACGCCGUUGCUUGGUGGAACAGACGCCGUCGGGGGUACCGCGACUGCAUCUGGAGGAGGCAUGAGUUUCCUGGACACGGUCGCGCAGACUAUCAAUGGCGCGACGAGUAGCAUGGCUGAUCCGACAGGAGGCGUCGGGGGAGCUAUCAAUAGCAUUAGUCAGUCGUUUUCGGGAGGUACGGCCGGUGUGGACCCGUCGAGCUUUACUGCUGGGCAGGACCUUGGGUCGCUGGGAGAUGCCAUUGGGAGCGCGUUUUCUUCGUAG